AUGGCGCUCUUCGGCUGUGGUUCAGUGGCCCAGACCAUUCUCAGCAGAGAAAAACAAGGAGAAAAUCUCACCAUUCAUUUUGGCUUUACUUUAGGGGUAAUGCUGGCUGUGUACAUGGCAGGAGGCGUGUCAGGUGGACAUGUGAACCCAGCUGUUUCUCUGGCUAUGGUUGUCUUGGGGAAACUCCCAUUAAAGAAAUUUCCUGUCUAUGUGGUAGCCCAGUUUCUAGGUGCCUUUGCGGGGUCUUGUGCUGUCUUCUGUCUGUACUAUGGUGCCUUCGCAAAUUUUGCUGGAGGAAAACGGAUUGUAAUUGGUGAAAAUGCCACAGCAGGUAUCUUUGCCUCAUAUCCACACGAAGAUCUUUCAUUGUUAAAUGGAUUAAUUGAUCAGGUGAUUGGCACAGGUGCCCUGGUCCUCUGUAUUUUAGCCAUCGUAGAUAAGAAGAAUAUUGGGGCCCCUAAAGGAAUGGAGCCACUGGUUAUUGGUCUGAGCAUCCUGGCUAUCGGAGUGUCCAUGGCGCUGAACUGCGGCUAUCCCAUCAACCCUGCCAGAGACUUGGGACCUCGGCUCUUCACUGCUAUGGCAGGAUGGGGACUAGAUGUGUUCAGGGCUGGAAAUGGCUGGUGGUGGGUUCCAGUGGUCGGGCCGAUGGUGGGUGGUGUGGCUGGGGCAGUGAUCUACUUCCUGAUGAUUGAGCUGCAUCACCCCCAGCCUGAGAAGAACCUUGAAGACGACAACAGCAUCAAAGAUAAAUAUGAAUUGAGCACCGUAAACUAGAAGGAGAGGGAAAGUAUGCUAUCUUUUCCUUCACCAUAGACUUCAAACAAAAAGCACUGCUAUUUCUACGUACUCUCUCCUUCUCUGUCUUUUCUUCUAGAUGUGAGUUUUUUGCCAAGUAAUUUCAUGAAACCAAGCAGCUAUGAAAGACAGCGUAAUUCUAGCUUUUUUCAUGUUCUAAAGUUUAACUAUAGAACAUUUCCAAAGAUCCCCAUUCAUUCUAUCAGCACAUAGUGACAACAGAAAUAAUCAGGUAUUUAAUGUAAAGCAUCCACAGUUUAUGAGUAUUUACCUUCAGUAAGUGUCACACCACUGCCAGUAACAGAUUACAGGUGCUAACUGAUCCUCCAUAUUAACAACUCUGGAAUGUAUAUAGAGAUAAUCAGAAUUUUCGACUGGUUUCUCAGGUUUCCUUUCCCUUAAGAUACAGCCAAUGCAGGUUGUCCA